CCUGCGUUUGUUCUCCCUAUUUUGCCAGUCAUUUCUUCUCACUUUCCAGCCGCAUCUAGAAAAAUGAACGGUCUAAGUUUGAUAGUGAUGCUGGGACUGGCGGCCCUCGGCGGCGCUCAGCUGAGUCUCCGUCAGCCCGACUGCGACUCGGCCGAGGCGGAAGAAGCGGCGUCGGCGGCUCGGGACUACCUCAACGCCCAGCACACACACGGCUACAAAUACCAACUCAACAGGAUUGAGGACAUCAAGGUCCUCAACAAGCCCGGCGCCAACGACACGUACAUUGUCGAAUUGGACCUUCUGGAGACGGACUGCCACGUGUUGGACCCCACGCCCGUCGCCAACUGCACCGUCCGACCGAAAGCGCUGACGGCUGUGGAAGGAGACUGCGACGUGGUUCUGAAAAGGGUCGCGGGGGUUCUGACUGUCACAGCCUUCAAGUGUAAGACAGAAGAAUCAACAGAGGACCUCUGCUUGGGCUGUCCAACCCUCCUCCCGCUGAACGACACCAAAGCGCUGGAUUUUGUCCACGCUUCGCUAGCAACCUUGAACAACCAAACGGUCAACGCCACCUACUCCCUUCUUGAGGUGGGAAGGAUGUCCACACAGAUCGUCUCUGGCGGUCCCCACUAUUUGGCAGAGUAUAUUUUUACAGAGGCUAACUGCACGAAUGACGUCUGCGUGCCACUGAAUGACAUCAUGGCCCCUCGUGGUAUUUGCACAGCAAAAGGUCUGGGAGGUGCUCACACACUUGACUGCAAGUUGUUUUCCACCAUGGUACCUCCUCAAGACGCCAACAGCACCGGGGCUUCUCCCUUCUUUCCCAAGUUCCACGUGCACACACAAAACUUGACGAGAAGCCACGGGUUGAGACACCACAAGCUGACCUCCCUCCACGACCCGCACCUGACCGGACUUUUGUCCUCCGAAUCGGAAUCUGCCGAAGUGGUGUCGGUAGCGACCCCCGCGGUGUUGAACACUACGUCAUCCGCCUCCUCGACAUCAGCCGCCACCUCGACAUCAGCCACCGCCUCGACGUCAUCCGCCGUGUCGACGAGCGACGAGGUUCCCGUCGCAGUGGUUAAAAGAGAUGUACCCGCCGGACCCGCCACUGUAACAGAUGCAGUUUUAUUGGUACCGCCGUGCCCAGGAAGGCGCAGAUUCUUUUAAGUGCUACUACGAGUUAUAUGUUUUUAAGUAGGGAUAAAAUGAAAAGAAAAUAGUUUUGUAUUACUCAUCGUUACAGUUUUGGAAGCAGCGGAAAUAAACACCGCCAGUAGAGAAACAUGAUGCUAGCUGUCAAGGAAAGCUACCGUUAAGGUAGCAUCAUGCAAGGCAAAAUGUCUCAAGUGCAGCAAUAUGAUGAGCCUUAUUUCCCACAAGGUAUCGCAUCAGUAGAUUCUCAAAAAAAGUGGUAAAAAUGUGAUCAGUACAACCCUACUUUUAGUUUCCUUUAUAACGCUAGCUCCAACUAUCACUUGUAGCAACACUACUCCUUGGCUCCAAGUGUCAAACUAAUGUUGUCACCAUGGUAUUUUAUUGUAAUAAAGAACUACACUAAAUACUACUCGUC